GCAGCGGGGUAGGCGGGGGCAUCCCGGCCGCCCGGCCCGGCCCCGGCCCGCCCUUCGCCGGCGAGGAGGCGGAGCGGAGUGGGGCUGCGCGGCCUGGCCGCUUCCUGGUCACCUGAGGCGGAGGCAGGAGCGGCUGAGGUGGUCGUGGGGGGUCCGGCUGUCGCCAUGGCCUCGCUCUUCAAGAAGAAGACUGUGGACGAUAUAAUAAAGGAGCAAAACCGAGAGUUAAGAGGUACACAGAGGGCUAUAACCAGAGACAGAGCAGCACUUGAAAAACAGGAAAAGCAACUGGAACUGGAAAUAAAGAAAAUGGCUAAGACUGGCAACAAAGAAGCCUGUAAAGUGCUAGCAAAGCAGCUUGUACAGCUGCGGAAGCAGAAAAAUCGAACAUACGCUGUUAGCUCUAAAGUCACUUCUAUGUCUACACAGACAAAGGUCAUGAACUCUCAGAUGAAGAUGGCAGGAGCUAUGUCAACUACAGCAAAAACAAUGCAAGCAGUUAAUAAGAAAAUGGAUCCCCAAAAGACACUACAAACUAUGCAGAACUUCCAGAAGGAAAAUAUGAAGAUGGAAAUGACUGAAGAAAUGAUUAAUGAUACCCUGGAUGAUAUUUUUGAUGCUUCUGAUGAUGAGGAAGAAAGCCAAGACAUUGUCAACCAAGUGCUUGAUGAGAUAGGAAUUGAAAUUUCUGGAAAGAUGGCCAAAGCUCCAUCAGCUGAUAGAGGUUUACCAUCUGCAUCAACAUCAAAAGCUGCUACCAUAUCAGAUGAAGAGAUUGAACGACAGCUCAAAGCUUUGGGAGUUGAUUAGCUUGAUGGCAAUAGGCAGUCUGCCUUCUAAUUAUUCAUCUACAGACAGCUGUAAAAACUGCAAAGACUUUUUCAGUGCAACUGAUGUCUAUGAAAACUUUGAAACUUCAGAAAGGAGAACUUGAAGUUGGCAAUGAUGGAAGGAGAAAGGGAGAAUAUUUUUUGUCCAUUUACAGUGAGAAGUGCACUUGGUGUGUCCAUUGCAUGGAAUCCUUUUGAGCACUGGACCAAACACAUAGCUGAAUCUGAAUCUACCUUCUGAAUGCAAAGCUUUCUUCUCAGUUCCUGAUCUCUCCUUAGAAUGGGCUCUGUGGCUGGUGGUGAUGCCUACUAGGACAGCACCUAUAUAAUAUAUGUAAUUCUUAUAAAACUAUCACUAUGGCAAAUCUCUUAGUCUGUCAUCUUAGCAUGAAUGAAACACUCAACUUUCCAAUAUAGUUGGAAAUUACUUUCUUUUGAUGAGAAAUGGGCUUGAAAGUAGCAAAUUUAGAUGAAGGAGAAAGCAUUCUAUCUAGUUCUCUCAAGUUUCUGUAGUAACUCUGAGUUGGUUACAUAAUCACAGGAUAUUAGGGGUUGGAAGGGACCCAAGGAGAUCAUCAAGUCCCACCCCUCUGCCAGAGCAGGACCACACAAUCUAGCACACAUCACAGAAGAACACAUCCAGACAGGCCUUGAAAGUCUCCAGGGAAGAGACUCCACAACCUCUCUGGGGAGCCUGUUCCAGUGCUCUGGGACCCUUACAAUAAAGAAGUUCCCUCUUGUGUUCAGCUGAAACCUCCUGUUCUGCAACUUGCACCCAUUGCUCCUUGUCCUAUUCCAGGGAUCAAGUGAGCAGAGCCUGUCCCCCCCAACUCCUGACCCCAGCCCUCAGAUACUUAUACACAUUUAUUAAAUCCCCUCUUAGACUUCUCCAGACUAAGCAGCCCCAGGUCCCUCAGCCUCUCAUAAGGCAGUGCCCUCCAGUCAUCCUUGUAGCUCUCUGCUGGAGCCUCUCCAGCAGGUCCCUGUCCCUUUUCAACUGAGGAGCCCAAAACUGAAUGCAGUGUUCAAGAUGAGGUCUCAGCAGGGCAGAGUAGAGGGGAAGGAGAAUCUCCCUUAAUCCGCUGGAUACACUCUUCUUAAUACACCCCAGGAUCCCUUUGGCCUUCUUGGCCACAAGGGCACAUUACUGUUCCAUAGUUAACUUGUUAUCCAGCAGGACUGCCAUAAUAGCUGCUUAUUCCCUUUACCAGAAGGGAAGAAUGCAGUCUCUGGGCAGUCAGCUUUACUGAAAGGUUAUGUACAUUUGUUAAUGAACUUUUUUUUGUGUGAAAGGCACUGAUUAAACUCUUGUACUGUAACAUAGCUGGUUUCAACAGAACUGCUGUGCCUUUAUGUAUAUAAAUCUUGUACCUUUGUGAUUUGUUUCUGAAUGAGUCUUUGGAAGGUGAGUAAACUUGCAAUUUAAGAUGGUUUUGCAAGACAUUACAGUGAGACCUCUGUGUACACUCGAGGAGGCUCAGUACUGAAGUUCAGAAAUGCAACUCGCACACUUGCAAAGAAGACAUUUGCCUGACACAGCUCUUGUAUAUAUUUUACAGUAUUUCUUAAUGGAAGGUAACUGCAUAAUUGUAUUGUUUACUAAGCUGCAAUUAAUCAUUUCCAUAAACUUUAAAUUUUAGUUUUGAAAAGUUUCGUGCCAUACCUGAUAAUUACUUGACUAAACACUAUAAUAAAAGUGUUUUGAGUACA